AUGGCUCAUUCAGUGACUCUCAAGGCUCAGGAAGCCCGAAAACCUUCCCACUUCCGAAGAUGUCUGGGGAAUCGUCCCGGAGCGCAGCAGUCUCCUGCCUCCCCCUUGGCCCCGCGGGCUGCUGUCCCGCUGACGGGGCCCGACUCGUGUCGCGACAAGCGUAGUGUCGCGACGGAGGGGCGCGGGGCGCUCCGUGCUGCCCUUCCGCGGGCGCGCACGGCCGCGGCCAGCCCCCAGCCGGGCGAGCAACAUGACGCAUUUUGCCUAACGCCAAGCCUGGGAUGUGCUCAGCUUUCCAAAGGCCUCUGGGCUGUGCCAAAGCGUGCUGGUUGCUCUCCCCGCGUAACGACCCCUGGCAAGGCGCAGCUCCUCUCGGAGGAGGAAGCCUGGCGGCGAGAGCCCCCCGCAGAAGACGGGCUGGCUAGCUCGGGGGCCGGGCGGCACCGACCCCAUAGAACAACCCCUGAAGCUCCGCGGGAGGGGGGAGGAACAAGGGUCGGGCCCCAGGGGCCAGCCGGGGCCCCAAGGAUGAGUUUUGCCUGGGGAUGCGUGCCCCUCUCUCAGCAAGGAGGUGCAAAACCUGCUCGGAGAUGUCCUUCUCCUGCAGGGCUCAGCCGUACCUGCCUCGCUGCCUGGCGCAAGGCAUCGCUUGGGGUGGGGAGGGAGGCACCUCAACUGCUCGCUUCUGAAGCCCUGGGCCCCACCUUGAUGCAGUUUUCUCUUCCCUGUAAAGCCAAGCAAAAUCAAACCCAGUUGUCUUGAUCUGAUCCAAAAGAUGUACCAGAUCAACUCCAAUCUCAGCAGAAUUGUCCUUGUUUCAAUUUCCUCUUAAGCCUAUUGCUUUUUCUUCUCAGGCAGGCAGCCGCUCAGCCGCUGUUUUAAUGCGCAGGGUGAAAUGUAAGGUCAUCGGGGUUUUCCUGUGCUCUAGGAAACUUUUUAUUUUUUGUUGCAAGGUGGUGAACGAAAGAAGUCCCCAGCCAAUCCCUCUGCCAUUAGAACAUUUGUAACUUAGACGCUCGCUGCCAGUUGACUUUACCUAGCUCUGUCGGGGCGGGGUUACGGGAAAAUGCCUCUCAAAUAUUAUAAUAAUAGUAAAAGAAACACAGAAAAACAAAUGUUUAAGAAAAGCUCCAGCCCCCAAUUCCCACUCCCCCCCUAUGAAAUCCAAGCAUUCCUUUAAGUGGCCAGGUUGGGAGGGCUGGGGUCUGCUCUGCUGGAAUCACAGGCUUGUCCACGCUAUUUAUACCGUAUUCUCCAAAGCUUGGAGAUAUUCUUAUCUUCAUGGAUAAGAAGCAGACUGUUCCUGGAAUCGGUUCAGAACGUGUUCUGAUAUACAGAUAAACUUCUGGAAAAUAUCUGAUGACUGUGCCCAAGUACUCUGACCCACCUCCCCUCGAUGAGAAUAAAGCGAUAGCGUUCGACUUAAAGAAAGCCGCAGAACUUAAUUAAUUCGAUGCUUUAAUGGUUAUAGAAUCUGCAAAACACUAGUAUUAAUUUAGACGCUGGCAUCUGGUUUCACUGAAAUCCAUGU